AUGAACAUCGCGGUGCCCCACAAGGGUCACACCACGCAUCUCGGUAGGGACGCCGGCGUCGAUGUCAUGGAGAAGAUCGCCAUGGAGACCACACUUUCCCGCGUACCCACCUCGUCUAAUAAGGCGCAAUUUCCAGUCUACUCGAAGAACGAUUUUAAGGUUCCCGACGGGACCAACGGAGGGUACUGGGUUGGAGACAGACGGAAGGUGGCCGGAGCCAAGCAGCCGACGAAGAGGUUCAUCGCGCGAUCAUCGUACAGCCACGACGUGUGCGAUCCCCGGGAGGCCGCGGGGGUCACCCGCGCGCGACCGUCCAUGAAGCCCGUCGCCAAACCCGGCUCGUCGGCGAGCGCGAGGUUCGACGGAACCAGCUCCCAGGUCACCCACUACGGCACGUACGGCUCCAACCCGCUGGACAGAGGCGCGACGGGUACCAUGGGCAUCGGCGCUGGCAUCACGCAGAGGUCAUCCACCAACGAGCUCGGCAUGGGCACGACGCGGGUCACGCGUCACGUCCCCGGGUACAGCGGUUUCAUAGCGGAGGCGCCGCACAACAUGGACGCGCUCUCCGCGUCCGACGGCGUGGCGGUUCGACCCGACGAGAAGAAGACGAUGUUACUCGCUUCGGUUGAUCAGUAUUCCCGCGAUGUGGUGCCCGGAUACACCGGCUGGAGGCCGCAGGAACCCGUGAACUUCCGCCACUUCAGAGGUAUCCUUACGGGCACAUGA